UCCCAAAUCAACAUUGCCUUGAGAUUAGUUUUCCCUGGGAAAGCCCCUUGGUAUUUCGAUAGAAUCAGUAGCUUUCAGAUUAUUCAAAAUUGUAUAGUAGUUCAGCAUAAUGAUGGCCGAGAAAGAGGACAUGGACACCUUCCACGACUGCCGGAGUGAUGAAGAGGACACUUCGGAGUUGGCAGUGGGCGGUGGCGAUGAGGUGAUCUGUAAGCAGGCGCCUCGAUUCGAUGAUCCUGUCCAGAUUCGAGCCGUUUUGGAACGAGCCGCCAAUGCCACCCAGCAAUUGUUGAGGUGCUAUGGCGGCACCGAUUGCGUGCCCACACGCCCUUCGAUGACCCGUUUUUAUCCGGCAACCCUGGAGGUUAGUGCCCGUCUUCAUACGGACGACAAGUGUCCCUGUCCCAAGGACAGGCAAUGCAAGUUGCAUGGCGAUCCGGUGACCCUAAGGCUGCCCAUUGAACUGAAUCCGGAAAGUGGCCAGGUGAAGGUUAACAUCUUCCAACCCAAGUCGAUUGGCACCUUCUGCGGCUGCAAUGACCCUGGAAAUUCGAACAAGUCCAAGCAGAGGAGGUCCAGUGUGAGAUGGUGCAGCAAGGAGGAGGUUUGCCCCGAUUGCCAGAAGCCGAAUCAUAGCUCGUGAACUUCAUAGUUUGCACCGCCCUUUUAAUGUUCUCAAAGUGUUUCAUAUUCUUGGAAAUUGAUCCAUAACUAAAUUUACGAAUCUUUAGGCAA